GAAAAUCAACAAACACUGCCGUCGUUCACCCAUUGGAGUCGUGCUCAGUCGCGUUGAACGUCGGCCUAGAGAAAUUAUUUUCUAGCGUUUCAAUGACUCCGAGAUUGGUGUACGGCGUCGCACACGUUUCAACACGAACCCGAGCCCGACGACAGCAGCUCGUAGCUGAGCCAUCCAAGACUGCGACGCUCUCCUAAGCCAGCCUCACGUCGCGGCGGCAUGACUCCAUCACAGCCGUGGCGGCGGUUCAGGGGGGACUCCUGACCGGCGGGGGGGUUGGUCGGCCGAUGGGACCCCAGGAGCCCAGCGGGCGCACCCAGACCCCGAUGGGCAGCUCCCCCAAGGCGAACCCCGGACCCACGCCCCAGCCCUGCCUGGUGAUGGACACGGAGAACCCAGCGGUGCCGGGGUUCGCCGUGCGCUCCGCCACCUUCGACGCCGCCGUCGCCUUCCUCAUUGACUGCUUCCUUCCCGUGGGAGGUUUGGAAGACGACGAGAACCGUUUCCCCUACAUCUUCCUCCUGAUGCACGAGUGGUUUGUCACCUCCGAGAAGCUGGCCCUCUGCCUGGUCGACAAAUUUGGGAGCGUCGGAACGCAGCGACGAUGUCUCCUUCCCUGCGCCCACACGCUGCAACACGCAUCCCAUUGUCCAGUCUACAGGCACAAGGCACAGAUCUGCCAAGUGUUCAGGUAUUGGGUCCAGAAGUUCCCGCUGCACUUCGAGGCGUCGGAGAUGAAGCAGGUGCUGUGCCUGCUCCAAAACCGGCUGUGCGAGGAGGGCCACGACGCCCUCUCGGAUUUGGUGGACCCGUCCCGGCUGCCCAACUUCAAGGACUGGACGCGCUGCGUGUCGGUGCGUCACCCGCUCACCAAACACACCCGCAAGGUGUCGCUGGUCUUUGACCACCUGGAGGCGAGGGAGCUGGCCGACCACCUCACCUACAUCGAGCACAAAGUCAUGAGGCGCAUCACCUUCCUGGACUUCAAGCAGUAUGCGGAGCAGGGCAACCUGGACAAGAACCCGCGGCUGGAGCGCUCCAUCUCCCAGUUCAACGGACUUUCCCAGUGGACGCAGUGCAUGGUGCUCUCGCGGUCGCUGCCGCAGCAGCGCGCCGAGAUCGUCACCAAGUUCGUCGACGUCGCCAAGAACCUGCUGGAGCUCCAGAACUUCAGCUCCCUGAUGGCGGUGGUUGGGGGCCUGAACCACAGUGCCCUCGCCAGGCUGUCCCAGACGACAGGCUGUCUGACAGGGGAAACUCGCCGCACCCUGGCCCAGUACGCCACCCUCCUCUCCUCGGCCGGCAACUUCAGCAACUACCGCAAGGCGCUGGCCGACGCCAGAGACUUCAGGAUACCCAUCCUGGGCGUGCAUAUGAAGGACCUGAUCUGCGUGCACGUGGCAUUCCCGGACGUGGUGGACGGCAUGCUCAACCUCCGCAAGAUGGCACAGCUCUCCCACAUCUUCCACGAGCUCUGGGAGAUGCAGCACACACCCGUGCCCCUCCACGUCAACCUCGACCUCAUCAACACACUCAAGCUCUCUCUCGACACCCCCUACACCGAGGACGAAAUCUUUGAGCUGUCCCUGAUGCGAGAACCAAGGGCCCCAAUGGUGUCUCCAUCCCGACCCCUGACCAUGGAGUUUGCCUCCAAGGUGCCUGAAGGCACGGACUCCGCGUCAGUCGAAAAGCAGAUCUGCAACAUGGUGGAGGAGGUGUUCCACGAGUAUGACACGGACCGGGACGGCCUGCUGAGCCUGGAGGAUGUGGCGGAGGUGGUGGGGCGCUUCCCCACGCUGCGCGGGCUGGUUCCCGACGACUGCCAACGCAAACUGUUGGGGCGCCAGGACAUGCAGCGCUUCCUCCUCCGCUCCAACUGGGCCAUGUUUAGGCACGAGUUCAGCGAAACCACCUACUUCCGGCCCACCUUCUGUAUUCACUGCACGGGACUGCUCUGGGGACUCAUUAAACAAGGCUUCAAGUGCAAAAAGUGUGGCAUCAAUGCUCACAAGCACUGCAGGGAGCAGGUGCUAGCAGAGUGCCGGCCUCUAGUACCAACGGGUCCUGUCCGCAGCUCUUCUUUUUCUUCAUCAGACUGGGGUACCGUGCGUCCAAGCCGUCUGCAACAGCAGCCGCAACCUGUGCGGCGCUUCAAGCAGAGCCGGUCCGAAAGCGAGUCUGCGCCCGUGAUCCACCGCUCAUCCGACGCACGCUGGAAGUCCGAAGACGGGGCGUCCACUUCCGGCAACAUCGGCUGCGCCGUACCAACGAGCACCGUGGCACCGGGAUUGAUUGCGACGGCGGCUCCGGCUCCGGCCAUGGCUCCGGCUCCGGCUACAACUACGGCGUCGAGAAUGCCGGAGACGGGAACCGACGUGGCAUCGCCGAGGACUACGGCAGCCACCGUGGCUCUGACGAACUCGCACGACCAGCCGGCUCAGGAUACGUGAUCCGCAGAAGUUUCGGCAAUCGGGUAACCGCAGCGGCGCGUCGGGAGGUGGGGUCCACCGAAAUUGGGACGUUGGAAAGAAAAGAAUGAGUUGGGGCGGUGCGGUGAUGCCAGGAUCCCGCUGGAGCGACGGGCGGAAACAACCGACGUCGACAAGCUUCAAGCCCACGCUGCGCGCACGUGAAGGACCCUUCGACAGACUUGCGGUCUCUCGGUGCUCGUGAAGUUAGCACGAGCGAUUGCGAGCCUGCCAAAGAUACACUUGCGUGCACGCCGCACGUGCUCGAGGCUUGUCGGUGUCAGUUGCUUGUGUUUGUCGCUCUAGUGGGACCAGGGCAUAAUCGUUGCCAACUUUUGGAAGUUUGUUAUGGGGAUUUAAUGCUGCGGCAUGCUUCAUUUGGAGCGAACGGUUACAAGGGGCGAGGGAAACUAGUCGCGUUUCUUUUUUCUCGUUUCCUAGGGUGUCGGAGAAAAUCGUGGUUUCAAGAAACAUACUUUUUUGCGGGCAAGCUGCCCUUUGGAGGCCGACGCCGCAAAAGCUUUACUGGCGUUCAUGGCCGAGUUCUCAUUGUGAGCUCGGUUUCUGUGGCCUGUGCCCACGGUUUCGUCGGUGGAAGCUCCCUCCGCGGCGUUGCUUAACAUACCACGUGUUUGUUUUCCCAAGGCCUAGUCAUCUACUUUGUACCUAUUGAGAUUUAGCACUUGUCGGGUGCGAGUUCGUGAAAUUAAGGAUCAUCGAUGUCUAGUCUGGGCAGCUCGGGCGAAUCUGUGGGUUCCGCCUCAACGUUUGGCCCGUCUUGUUUUCAACAUUCCAUGGCUAAACUUUAAUUUGUUGGCUCCUAUUUUUGGCCCCAAUGUAGCGUCGGGCGAAGUUUAACGUUCCGACACAUGUUGGGGUUGACACACUUAAACGAGCGUUUUGGUACUGAUGUCAUCCUCAAAACGGGCUGGUGUCAUUACGUCUUUCUCGGGGGAAUCGCCACAUGGCGUGCUUAAACAUUUACGACACGACCAUAGAAGUUUUACGUCGUCUCUGCGGCAUUUCUAUUAGCGGGAAACUUAACCGUUCGAUCAAUCUAUACUCCAUUUCACGAUAACUUGGCGAGCUGUGGAGGCUAGGGCCCCGCUACCCAAUAAGAGCGUUGGAACGAGGUACGCAACCCGACGUCACGGGAGCAUUUGUGUCACUAUGCCAAAUGCGAGGUCUGGAGGAGCCGGCCGUUGUCUGCUAGCCAAGUCGUCUGCUCCGAAACCAACCAACUUCGGAUGAACGUCCAUUGCAGCAACAUUUCCGUCCACUAGAAUAGCGAGCAUUUCGGGAACAGUUCAUAAGACAACCAUACACUGAAUUUAGCCACGAAUCUGUGACUGGUGCUAAUGUCGGGGCACAGUGCGACGUUUUGAGCAAAAACGGCCAAUUACAUGGCUGCGAUUGCUGGCGAUCGCCAACGGCCACGGCGCUACAAGGAAAAAAAAAUCGGGAGCGGAUACGG